AUGGGCGAAAUUGCGCCCCCUGCAACGCUUAGCGACUUGAUAACCCAGUUGAUGAAUAUAUCUGAACAGCCUCUUGAUGGAGACGUUUCACAGAAGCAGCAGCUAUUAACACAUCGCAUGCAGUCAGCCUUAUUCGCUGUUCUCUGUGAAAUCAAAGAAAAGACAGUUUUGUCUAUACGGAAUGGCCAGGAAGAAACCCCUGAGGAUCCUCAGCUUAUGCGAUUAGACAAUAUGCUGGUAGCUGAGGGUGUUGCUGGUCCAGAAAAAGGCGGUCCUCCUCAAAUGGAUGCUGCUGGAGGGGAUCAGGCAGAUUAUAGGCAGAAGCUACAGCAGAUCAGACUUGUUUAUAACGAAGAAUUAAGGAAAUAUGAAGAGGCAUGUCAUGAAUUUACCCAGCAUGUAGUAUCACUUUUAAAAGAACAGAGUAGGACACGACCAAUCUCAGAAAGGGAAAUAGAAAGAAUGGUAUCUAUUAUUCAGAAGAAGUUCUCUGGCAUUCAGGUGCAACUGAAACAGUCUACUUGUGAAGCAGUAAUGAUUCUUCGCUCUCGAUUUCUCGAUGCAAGGCGAAAGCGGCGGAAUUUCAGUAAGCAAGCAACUGAAGUUCUGAAUGAAUAUUUUUAUUCGCAUCUAAGUAAUCCUUAUCCAUCAGAAGAGGCUAAAGAGGAAUUAGCAAGGCAGUGUCAAAUCACUGUUUCACAGGUUUCAAAUUGGUUUGGUAACAAACGGAUUCGUUAUAAGAAGAAUAUAGCCAAAGCUCAGGAGGAAGCAAAUAUGUAUGCUGCUAAAAAGGCACACGGCAUAGCAGCUGCUAGUCAGUACGGUGUCUUGGCCGGUUCUUCUGCCGCU